CGCGUGCGCAGCGCUGGCUUUUUCCCGGCUGGGUCUUCUGCGGCUCGCGCUCCUCCUCCCGCUCCCCACCGUCCCCCUUAAGCCCGCCGCGGCCGGGUACCAGCGUGUGGUCCCGCCAACGGAGCGAUCCGUGCCUCGUGCUUCCGGGACGUCCGUUGUGCGCGCUUGCGGCGCGUGGCACUAGUCAUGUCGAUGGAUCAAGUGAACGCGCUGUGCGAGCAGCUGGUGAAAGCGGUGACGAUCAUGAUGGACCCCAGCUCCACCCAGCGCUACCGGCUAGAAGCCCUCAAGUUUUGUGAGGAGUUUAAAGAAAAGUGCCCUAUAUGUGUCCCUUGUGGCUUGCGGUUGGCUGAGAAAACACAAAUUGCCAUCGUCAGACAUUUUGGCCUUCAGAUCCUGGAACACGUUGUCAAGUUUCGGUGGAACAGCAUGUCUCGAUUGGAGAAGGUCUAUCUGAAGAACAGUGUCAUGGAGCUGAUUGCAAAUGGAACACUGAACAUUUUGGAAGAGGAGAACCAUAUUAAAGAUGUUCUGUCUCGAAUUGUAGUAGAAAUGAUCAAGCGGGAGUGGCCACAGCACUGGCCUGACAUGCUAAUAGAAUUGGACAUUCUUUCCAAACAAGGGGAAACACAGACAGAAUUAGUGAUGUUCAUCCUUUUGCGACUGGCAGAGGACGUAGUGACCUUUCAGACGCUACCCCCUCAAAGACGAAGGGAUAUCCAGCAAACGUUAACCCAGAACAUGGAAAGAAUCUUCACUUUUCUACUUAACACACUUCAAGAAAAUGUAAACAAGUACCAACAAGUGAAGACAGAUAAUUCUCAGGAGUCAAAGGCCCAAGCAAACUGUCGAGUAGGAAUUGCAGCACUGAAUACUCUAGCGGGCUACAUUGACUGGGUGUCCAUGAGUCACAUUACUGCUGAAAACUGUAAACUCCUGGAGAUGCUGUGCCUGCUUCUGAACGAACAGGAACUUCAGCUGGGAGCAGCUGAGUGUCUUCUCAUUGCAGUCAGCAGGAAAGGCAAGUUGGAGGACCGGAAGCCCUUGAUGGUCUUAUUUGGAGAUGUUGCCAUGCAUUAUAUACUCUCCGCUGCGCAGACUGCUGACGGAGGAGGCUUGGUAGAAAAACACUAUGUCUUCCUGAAAAGACUCUGUCAGGUGUUGUGUGCGCUGGGCAAUCAGCUGUGUGCAUUGCUGGGUGUGGAUUCUGAUGUAGAAACACCAGCAAACUUUGGAAAAUACCUGGAAUCUUUUCUGGCUUUCACAACUCAUCCAAGUCAGUUUUUGCGCUCUUCAACUCAGAUGACUUGGGGAGCCCUCUUCCGGCAUGAGAUCCUAUCCCGUGACCCUUUGCUAUUAGCAAUAAUACCAAAAUAUCUUCGUGCUUCUAUGACUAACUUGGUCAAGAUGGGCUUUCCUUCUAAAACAGACAGCCCUAGCUGUGAAUACUCUCGAUUUGAUUUUGAUAGCGACGAGGACUUCAAUGCUUUCUUCAACUCCUCUCGGGCUCAACAAGGAGAAGUAAUGAGGUUAGCAUGUCGCUUGGAUCCCAAGACUAGCUUCCAGAUGGCUGGGGAGUGGCUAAAGUAUCAACUCUCAACUUCUGUUGAUACUGGAUCCAUGAACUCUGGAACUGGAGAAGGCAGCCUCUGCUCCAUCUUCUCACCUUCAUUUGUGCAGUGGGAAGCCAUGACCUUUUUUUUGGAAAGUGUGAUCAACCAGAUGUUUCGAACAUUAGAUAAAGAAGAAAUUCCUAUUAAUGAUGGAGUAGAGCUAUUGCAGAUGGUCCUGAACUUUGACACCAAGGAUCCCCUCAUCCUGUCCUGUGUCCUCACUAAUGUCUCAGCACUCUUUCCAUUUGUCACCUACAGACCAGAGUUCCUGCCCCAGGUCUUCUCUAAGCUAUUUUCAUCUGUCACUUUUGAAACUGUUGAGGAAAGUAAGGCACCCAGGACCCGGGCGGUGAGGAAUGUGAGGAGACAUGCUUGUUCCUCCAUCAUCAAGAUGUGUCGUGACUACCCCCAGCUCGUGCUGCCCAAUUUUGACAUGCUGUAUAACCAUGUGAAGCAGCUCCUCUCCAAUGAGCUGCUCCUGACACAGAUGGAGAAGUGUGCCCUCAUGGAAGCCCUGGUUCUCAUUAGUAACCAGUUCAAGAACUACGAGCGUCAGAAGGUGUUUCUGGAGGAGCUGAUGGCACCCGUGGCCAGCAUCUGGCUUUCUGAAGACAUGCACAGAGUGCUGUCAGAUGUUGAUGCUUUUAUUGCCUAUGUGGGUGCAGAUCGGACAAGCUGUGACCCAGGCCUGGAGGAUCCCUGUGGCUUAAACCGUGCACGAAUGAGCUUUUGUGUGUAUAGCAUUCUGGGUGUUGUGAAACGAACUUGCUGGCCCACUGACCUAGAAGAGGCCAAAGCUGGGGGAUUUGUGGUGGGUUAUACACCCCCUGGAAAUCCAAUCUUCCGUAACCCCUGCACAGAACAGAUUCUGAAACUUCUUGACAAUUUGCUUGCCCUUAUAAGAACUCACAAUACUUUAUAUGCACCAGAAAUGCUAGCCAAAAUGGCAGAACCUUUUACGAGGGUUCUAGAUAUGCUUGAAGUGGAAAAAUCUGCUAUUUUAGGAUUACCUCAACCUCUCUUGGAACUGAAUGACUCUCCUGUCUACAAAACGGUCUUAGAAAGAAUGCAGCGUUUCUUCUGCACCCUCUAUGAAAACUGUUUCCAUAUCCUAGGGAAGGCAGGCCCUUCCAUGCAGCAGGACUUCUACACCGUGGAGCACCUGGCCACCCAGCUCCUCAGCUCUGCCUUCGUCAACUUGAACAAUAUUCCUGACUACCGACUCAGACCCAUGCUUCGGGUCUUUGUGAAGCCUCUGGUGCUCUUCUGUCCCCCGGAGCACUACGAAGCCCUGGUGUCUCCCAUCCUUGGACCUCUUUUCACCUACCUUCACAUGAGGCUUUCCCAAAAAUGGCAAGUCAUCAACCAGAGGAGCCUGCUGUGUGGAGAAGAUGAGACAACAGAUGAAAACCCAGAGUCUCAAGAGAUGCUGGAGGAACAACUGGUGAGGAUGUUAACCCGAGAAGUCAUGGACCUGAUCACUGUGUGCUGUGUUUCAAAGAAAGGUGCUGACCAUGGUACUGCUCCCCCUGCAGAUGGAGACGAUGAAGAGAUGAUGGCCACAGAGGUAACCCCCUCGGCCAUGGCAGAGCUUACAGACCUGGGAAAAUGUCUAAUGAAGCAUGAGGAUGUUUGUACAGCGCUGUUAAUUACAGCCUUCAAUUCCCUGGCCUGGAAGGAUACUCUGUCCUGCCAGAGGACGACCACACAGCUCUGCUGGCCUCUCCUCAAACAAGUGCUGUCAGGGACACUGCUCGCAGAUGCUGUUACAUGGCUGUUCACCAGUGUGCUGAAGGGCUUACAGACGCAUGGGCAGCACGAUGGCUGCAUGGCUUCCCUGGUCCACCUGGCCUUCCAGAUAUAUGAGGCGCUGCGUCCCAGGUACCUGGAGAUAAGAGCUGUGAUGGAGCAGAUCCCUGAAAUUCAGAAGGACUCACUGGACCAGUUUGAUUGCAAGCUUUUGAACCCCUCUCUGCAGAAAGUGGCUGACAAGCGCCGGAAGGACCAAUUCAAACGCCUCAUUGCUGGGUGCAUUGGGAAACCCUUGGGCGAGCAGUUCCGAAAAGAAGUUCACAUUAAGAAUCUCCCCUCACUUUUCAAAAAGACAAAGCCAAUGCUGGAAGCGGAGGUGCUGGACAAUGAGGAGGGAAGCCUGGCCGCCAUCUUUGAACCCUGAGUCAAGCUUUUGGGCAUUCUUCCUCGACCUUUAUUGUCAUCUCUUCUUCCCCUUUGUAGCUAUUCUCUAGGCCCCUCUCCACUGCCACCUCACUUUACACCGUCGUCAGCCUGGAGAGAGGUCCAGGUCUGGAGCUGGAGAGAGUGGGCCCUGUACGGGGCCGGAAGCCACGCUGAAGCAUCAAGAACGGGAGUUAGGGCUCACACCGUUCUGUCUAGGUUACCCAGGCAUCUCCCAUCCUGCUUGGAGCUUUGCCUUUUCCAAGAGAGAAAAGCUAGAGCAGAGCGGCCCUUCUCCCCAGGCCCUCCCGCCCCCAGGCAGCCAUACACCUGUGCAGAGUGGUCACUAGGGGCGCUAUACCCAAUGCUGCGACAAGCCAGGCUUGCGGCGGGGGCUCAGCCCUGAACUACUUGUGCCAGUUUCUCCUGGAUCGUUGAAAGGCCCCCUGAGCCCCCUGAGCCCCCUUGCUGCUGGGCUGACAGGGACCUUCCCCAUCCCCCAGGGGCAUAUCUGGGUCAGGUGCUGAGUGCUGAACUGAAUUUGGCCAGUUCCUGCUUUGUUUUGAGCAAGAAUCUGGUCACCUGAUGGGAUCCAUGGUACAGGCCACUGCUAAGCUCUGGGCACAGUAUCAAAUGUUAGUACCUUCAGGGACCAGGGCUGGGCCAGGGUCUGUAGCGCUCUGUAACAUCCCUUAGAGCUCACACAUUUUGUCCCUCCAUGAAUGACCCCUCAGUGUGGUUUCCCCAGUCCCCGGGGUCCACUCAGGCACAAGAGCCACAGUACCCUAUCUAGUGUCACAUGAUGUCAUUGGCAUUUAAGGAUAACCCAGACCAACUAGGCUACAUCUGUGACAAGCAGCUGGCAAAGCCACUGGUCUCUCCUAGGACUAGCUCAGUCCAGGUGCCUUCAAAAAUCUCGUGGUCUUUCAGGUCCCUGGUCACUUCCCUCAUGGGCCAUUUCCAAAAGAAAAAAUAUGCCUUCCCAUCACAACCUGUGAGUCUCCAGUCUGUUCUAAACAUCACUGGACGGCCCUAUAAGCACAGGGGACAUGGAUGCAUGACUAGUUAAUCUGUACAGAAGGACACACAUUUAGAGUGUGUGUCCAUGUGUUCCCCACAGAGGCCUGGCACUGAUCCAGUCCCCUGACCAGGGUUUUGGCGAUGCUGAAGCUGCAGCUUUUAGCUGGUGUGGCCCCCCCAGGUAGGGUAAGGUCAGGAAGAGGCAAAGCUGGGGAAACGGACUUGGGAGCCCCACAUUGCGCUUUCUAUGGCACAGACUUGGUCCAUCCCCUCUUCCUGGGUGGUGCUUUGGGCUUCUUGUCCACUGUGAAGGCCAUCUCAGCAUGUUUCCCUCCAAACUUGUUAGCUGCCUACUCUUCUCUGCGGUGGGGCUGUGGAGGGUAUAGUUGUAUUUAUUGUGUUGUAAUAUUUUUAACAUCCUGUGACUUCAUGUUAGAAGUUUUCUAUUGUUUAUAGAACCUUUUUGUAGAAACAUUAACUCUAAAGCACAUCUGCAUGUCAGUAAAAAUCUCAAUUUCAUAUAGAAAGGGCCCCAUCUCCCUUUUUCAAACUAGUAACAUACUCCAGGGUCACUGUUCCUCAUGAGCAUCUUGCUUGCUAAGGGGGCUGGACAGGAAGAACUGUGACUGACAGCCCUGCUCUGUCAAACCCUCUGAAAUAGCAUGCCAGCCAGAAGCAGCUUUCUAUUCCUGACACAUAGACCAGGCGGCCCUUCCGUUCUCUCAGUGUCGUCAUUGGUGGCCACUGGACCUAACCCAGAGGGGCUGCCCAAGGGGACUGUUACUCUUCCUUGUGUGGCUCUUGAUGUGACUUGACUGCCAUGGACCACCCUUUUUUCUCUCAGGAACUUCCUCUGGUAUCCAGGAAAUGGGUUAAGCAGCACACGGUGUUUUCCUGUGGUCUGGCUGUGCCCCCAGAAACCAUCACACUUGGCAUUUCUCAAGGGGCUUCAGAGGGACUUGGCCCUGACUUGCAGUGAUGUCUGAGCCCAAUGCUCUUAACUGCUAAAUAACGCCAGAUCUCUUCUGAGGUGCCCCAUAUUUUUGGACAAAAACUGAAAAAGUGGUCUCCAACGAAAGGAUUUUUGUCUGGAUGUGAAUUUAUUUACAUUAAGACCUUACAAAGGCAUAAAAGUCACAUUUUGUGGCACAUUUAACGAAGUGUAUUGACUGAAAAUAAAGCUGGAAUUGUCCCCAGAAAACUCAGGACCCCUAGUCUCUGGGCUCUCUACAGCAGUCCUGUGGGGGCAGGUCAGAACCUAAAAUCUUCAGCUUGCCUCAGGAGCAUCCAGUCCCAGCCAUGCCAGGUCCAGCGCAGCCUCAAUCCAUCUGAACCGCAUCCAGUUCAUCCAAGAACCGCCGGCACUUCCCCAUCAGUACCUUGAUGGCUUCACUCACCAGCACGUCUGGUGGCAACACCCCUGUUGACUCCACAGAGACUGGGGACCAAAGGGACACUUUAGCCCAGGCAGAGCUUACAAAAGCUCCUUAUACGUAUUGCUAGAUUCCACAUCUGAACUCUGCAAGGAAGCUGCAGCACCAAAGAACUCCAUCCCCACCCCACCCUCCAACUUGAAACUCACAGAUGUAAUGGUUCCGAACACGAGCAAGCCGUACAACCUUCUUUAGCUUCUCAUUCCGGAAGACUUCCCUGCUGAAGGUAUCUAGCCGGGGAUUGGCAACUCUGGCCACCUUUUUACCUAAUGAAAACAAACCAUAUUAUAAAUACAUGAGCCCAGAGCUUUUAUUUCUCUGCUACCUUCAAAGAAAAUAUACUUCAGGGCCUGGCAUCCCAAAUCCCAUACCUUGGAUUUCUUGCACCUCAAUAACACCAGGUGAGAAGCACCGGCUCAGCUCCUCAGCCGCAUCCCCUUCCACGGGCUCAAGCAGGGUGAUGUCCGGCAGGAGCCGGUAACUGGCUGUUGCCACAGGUGAAAACUUGGCAUGAUCUUUGCCUGGAGGGAAGAGGGAACUCAGAGCCUGGGAGGAGACCCUUCCUCACAUUCCCUAAGCUCCUGACAUCAAAGGCCCAUUGGCGCUCUGCCUGUCGGGGACAUCUCAGCCGAGUCCCUUAGUCAUACCUCACCCCAGGGUAAUCAAAGGGUCUCACCAAUGCCCUUGACGCAGUGCAUGAGCAGGUCAAUCUCCUGGCCAGGCCGCAGCUGAGCGAUGAGGAUAUCAUCGUGUACCGGUCGGAUGGUGCCCUCCGGGAAGAGGUCAGCCUGGUUCCCCAGGGGGACCCAUGUCAUGUGCCUGGUGUACACUGCGGGAGGAAGCACAUCAGACCAAAGUCCCUAAAACUGGCACCCACCAACAGGGGGCCCUCUUCCUCACCCCACCGGUACCUACCUUUGUGGUUGACAUAGAGCUCAUUGGGGUCAGAGGAAUCUUUAGCGGCGUGGGGGUUCCGAGUGCACCUGACCUGCAGCCGAAACUGCAGGGUAUCUAUCUCUGUGCCUUCUUCAUCUCCUACACAAAGGGAGGAGGUGGGGACUGUUAAAGAGCUAGUGGACGUCGGUGCCAGGCACUACGCUGAAUGCCUUGCAUGUUUCUCUCAUCCUCUUGGCAACCCUGGUAAGGCAAGGGCAGGUGUCCUCACAGACAACAGCACUGAUGUACCAAAAGAUUGGUACCAGGCCCAAGGUCAUACAGUAGCCAAUCAAGGGUUCGAACACAGGCAGUCUGAUUCCAGAAUCAACUUCAGAGGAGAGCUGCCCACCUUCCCCCAAAAUUUCAUUUUCUCAAACCCUCACCUUGGUUCCGAUAUUCAAAAAGGCGGGGAUCAGCAUGAAUGGGGAUGAGCCCCAAGCGGUGAGCGAGUAUCUCAUCCUGGACAAUGGAAGUGUUGUUGUACACCAGGACCUUCUCCACAGCCAUGGUUGGCACCUGCCCAAGAAAAGAAAGCCACUCAUCUACAAAGACCCCGUAGAUUCCCCAUCUACUCCCUGCCUCCUGACAUAGGGAGAUGGAGACUUCCUCCUAGAAGAACGCUUGAUGAAAAGUUUACAAAGAAUGAGCAGGAGGAACACUCAGCAAAACUGCAGGAAAAAUACCACUUGAGACAAUUCUACAAAUGAGGAUUCCCCACACAACUCCACCUUUGCCAUCGUGCCCACCUAUACCUCAGCUAAUAGAAUGCGUCGAAAAGCAUUGGCAAUGGCUGCGUCGAUUCCCACCAUGUCAAACUCCAAUGAGUUUUCAUCCAUGUGCACCACAUCCACGCGGAAAUCCUAAAGGAACAGGAAAAACACAAAAUGAAGCCUGCUCUCUACACAGUCAAUACCUCCCCCCAGAUAUUCCCCUCAGAACCUCCCUUUGCCCAGAUGUCCCUCUCGCUUCCAAUCAUUUAUUAGUCUCUAGAAAAGUCUUCAUUUUUAUCUUCCAUUCAUUUAAAAUCCUCUGCAAUAUGGCUUCCAGCCAGGCCAUCCACAGAGGCUAUUUUACUAAGAAUAGGCUCACAUAUUGCUCAGUCCAGUUGAUACUACUCAAUCCUUAUCUCACUAGACACCUCCCUUGGACCUGGCAUUGAGAGAAUCCCAUUUCCAAACUACUGCCUUGAUUUCUGAGCACCAAUCUUCCUUGUCUGAUCAGUCCUUCUACUAAAUUCACAGUCUUCCACCUACCAUAUACAUGUUACCAUUUCCCAAGUGUUUGUGUCUCUCCAGGGUGACCUCAACCCCACUCACGGUUUUAGCAACUAUCUGUACGGACAACUCCCCACAUUGUAUCUCACUUCUGAUCUCAUAUAUAUCUCCUGCUAGCCUGCUAGACUUCUCCAUCUACAGGAAACUGAAUGCGUCAACACUCCCUUUCCCCAGACCCAUUUCUCAUCAGUAAAUGACACCACCAUCCAUCAAAGUAGUUCCCCAACAAGCGAAUUUUACACUCCCCCCUCACAGCCCAUAUCCAAGCAACCACCAAAUUUACCUUCUGUCUCCCGUGCUCUGUUUCCAUGAUCACAAUCUUAGUUUCUGCCUUCAGCCUCAGCUCCCCUAUGCAAUUCUGUCACAAAUCUGCACACACCACAUGACAAUCCUCAAAUUCAUUCUCUCCCAACCAUUAAGCUUGCAGAUAUGAUAAUAUCUGCUUAAGAGCUCUUCAAAAGCUCCCUAUCACCUACAGUGCCUAAAACGCACUUCAGUCUUGCCUAACACUCAUGCUGACCCACUUCAUAUUCUAGCAACAAUGAACUGCUUGGACACUCCUCACCCUUCGCUGUUCUCAGCUUCUGCUCUUCGUUCAAGGCUGAACUGAGAUGUCAUCUCCUUCAGGAAAUCUUCCAUACUUUUGCCCCCCCUUCUCAUUCUGGAUUAAGUGCCUGUGCAGGAUACACCCGCCCCAACCCCAUCACCUUUUUUGCUUUCAACCGCCUUUACCGCAUUACUCUGGACUCAUUUGUCUACGCAUGCUCUUCUCCAACAAGACUGAACAUCUUAUUUGCAAAGCAGUGCAGAAGUUGUGUCUACCGAGCACCUAGCAUGUUGCUCGAUAUACGGAGCAAACCCCAAGUGAGGCAGGAAAGACAGGGCCCAACCCAAGGACAGCCUCCUCAUACACAGACAUUAGGCAAAAGGCAAAGCCACCUCUCCUUGUGUUGCACUUAAUGAGAUUAUGAAGCAUGGAGGAAUAGCAUCAGCAACAAGAACAUACAUUAAACCUUGAUUAAACUUUGUGACACCUGAACAGGGAACCCUGCCCAGAAAACCCACAGAGCUCAGCCCAGCAUGAGCAAUAAAAAUGCACAGGCUGCAGCUGACUGCUAUACAGCCUUCCACACCUGGUGCUUGACUGCUAAGGGAAAAAUGGCUCUUAGAGCACAUGUGCAGUGGCUUCAGGAGACAGACUCACAAGAGAAGCAGAUGUAACCAGGUGCAAUUAAGAUCCCACCAAUGAAUAUUCUGCCCCUAAUCAAAGAAACCUGCAUCCAUUCAAGGACUUGAAAUAAAAGGUGGGGGGGGGGUGGUCAGAAAACUCCUCAGAUGCCCUCCUCACUGGCGAGGACGCCCGAGUUCUUUUCCAAGUGCGUUUGCUUCUGCCCCUUAAUACACUGCUUCUUUGUUUCUCUCUA